CUAUUUCCGUCUCUGCUAACAUGCCUAGUUUUGGUCUGUUUGGUCUGUGUAUAAUAUGGUAUCGAAAAACGUUUGCCAUUCUGGGUCAUUACGUCACAAAACCCGGAACAUAAACAAGCAAACGAAGGCGGUGGGUUGAAGUUCGGUUUGAUGAAGUCCUUCUCCAGCUGAUAUGUUCCCCGUUUUUACACCCACACACCGACUGCUUCUGGCGGCUCUCACCUUGGUUCCGACCCGCCUCUUGUGCUCCUCGUCGGCGGUACCAAACAUCCCGAACAUCGCCGUUUACUUCGGAACUAAGAGCCGCUACGAGGAGGUGAACCCGCACCUGCUGCAAGACGUGUUAUCUGUGAACGCGUCCGCGUUGAGACCUCCACCCGGCGAGAGCUGCUACCCGGUCCAUCUGACCGCUGUCAUCAGGCAUGGCAGCCGGUUCCCGACCGUCAAGAACAUCCGCAGGAUCCACAAGUUGAGCGAGCUGAUCCGCAAAGACGCCUCCAAAUCUUCGGAGGGCUCUGUCGGCUGGUUGCGGGAGCUCCGGAGCAGCUGGGAGCCGUGGUACACCGAGGAGAUGGACGGUCAGCUGGUGAUGAAGGGCAGGGAUGACCUUCGUUUCCUUGCCAGAAGACUGGCCACCUUGUUUCCAUCCCUCCUAUCAGAGGAGAACAUGAGGAAGGGGAAGAUUCGCUUUGCGAGCAGCUCCAAGCAUCGCUGUGUGAACAGCAUGGAGGCCUUCCAAGAUGGUCUGCACCAGCACUGGAGUCACCAAGACAGCCCUCCUGUAUACAGACAUGAGGUGGAUGAUGAGCUGAUGCGUUUCUUUGACCGUUGCCAUGGUUUUGUGGAGGGUGUAGAAAACAAUCGCACGGCACUGAUAGAGGUAGAGAAGUUCAAACACGGCGAGGAGAUGGAGGCACUGAGGAGGAGGACGGCUGAGAAGCUGGGCCUUCAUUUUCAUCGUCUCACACCAGACUUGGUGGAAGCUGCCUUCUUUUUGUGCACCUACGAGCUGUCCAUCAAGUCCCUCCAUUCACCGUGGUGCUUCUUGUUUGAUGAGAGUGAUGCAAAGGUGCUGGAGUACAAAUCGGACCUAAAGAACUUCUGGAAGCGCUCUUAUGGUCAUGUGAUCAACAGCUUAUCCAGCUGUCCUCUUUUCCAUCACAUCUUCAGAACACUGGAUAAAGCCGGUCGUCCUCGCAGGUCCACCGAGGCAGCUCCAGAACCAGCCUCUAUCCUCAUUGGACACGCUGAGACGCUCCUCCCUCUUGUCUCCCUGCUGGGACUGUACAAGGAUCAGACUCCACCCACGGCCAGCAACUAUCACUCGCAGCAUGGGAGAAGUUUCCGGACCAGCCGGAUUGUCCCGUAUGCUGCCAACCUGCUCUUUGUGUUAUAUGACUGUCAGCGCGGUCCGCGGCUGCAGCUGCUAGUCAACGAGAAGCCCGAGCACUUCCCGGGCCUGCAUACCCAGAAUGCACCACUCUACCGGGAUGUUCGGGCCACCUACCGCCACCUGCUAGAUGGAUGUGACUUUGACAAAGAGUGUGAGGGAAGGGCUCAGGGCCGGGGCCCCAACACUGAGCUCUAACCCAUUGAGCUUACCUGUCCUUCUUCACCACAGCCUUAAUUCCCCUGCUGAGCAAUCCUGCACAGUCAAUGUCCAAUCCGAGACCACCUCGGCCAGGCUGCUGUCUAAGCUCAGAAUGUUUUGAGAUAUUUUGUCACUGAUGUGAGAAAUAAGUUCAUCUUGUUUGAUGGGUAAUGCUUCGUCAUGGUGAUUCUGUUUAAUUUUGGGACAAAUGCUGAGUUUUGUGCGGGUUUAUUUAGAUAUUCAUCAGCUCAAAAUGAACAAGUUCAUCCUGAAGGAAACGACAAAACAUCUGGUCGUUGCAAAUGUUCUGUCAGGGCAUCUCAGCCGUCAGACCAACAGCAGCUGUUUCAUCACAUUUCUGGGCUCUAAAAAAUGUUUUCACUCGACAAAUAUUUCAGUAACAUCCUGUAAAGUUCACAAUAACCCCUUAAAAUACAAAAGAAAAUCCUGAUGAAUGCAUUUGGAUUCCGAAUUUCACAUUUUAAUUCUUAAAAUAUGAUUAUGAAAACUUUUGGAAAUUUUUCAUUUUAAAGAAAUGGAAUUUGUUAAAGAAAAUCUUUCAAACUUGUGAACUUUUUGUAAAAUAUUGAAGAUGCCUAAAAAUAUGUCUAAUUGAUCAAUUUCAAAAAUUAUAAAAUAACUUUAGAAUAUCAAAAAUAUAAAUAGAAAAGGGACAUAGAAAAAAAUGAGUGGUAUCUGGGAUAUCUUUAAUAUUUAAAAAUCGUAAAAUAUUUUAUUAUAUAUUAGAAAAUUUGGGAAAAGUUGAAUUUUUUGUGGUUUUUCAUUUUCUGUGUGAUUUAUGCAUCCUGAGCGGAGAACGUUUCAUCAGAAGGACUUUUACCAAAAUCAGACAUGUCUCUUGCUGAAAUGUUUGGGCAAACUGACAGUUAAGCUUUACUGGAACAUUUAAUUUGAUUCAGUCAGGCAAAAGCUUUACGUUGACUUUUUUUUAUAAUAAUCAUGAUUUUCUGCUAAAAACUUUUUUAUUCCCCCUCAUGAUGAAUCUUGAUUAAAGCCAAAAAUUGUGCAUUUCUACAUCCGUUUUCCUGCUCUGCUUGAAUCUUGUGCAUUUAGGGUAGUUCUUUUGGUGCAUGUUUAAUUUUCUUGGUGCCAAAUAGUUUAACUGGUGCUUUUUUGUUUUCCAAAUGUUUCUAAAUAAAAGCUUUAAUGAAGUG